GAAUCAGGGGGUGUGGCUACGGCCUUCCACUUUCCCUCCACUAUUUAAUGUACAAACGCACGCAAACGAUCUCUCACACUAUUUCUCCUUAAUUAUCCUCCGUCUUCCCGUCGAACGUUAACCUCUCCCUCUCCGGCGGCCAAAUGAAUGGUGGUGAUCACCAUCACCCAGUAGCAGUAGGUCAUUCUCCCCCUGAUGAAGACCCCAAAACACCGCUCUUACCAGUCCAGAACCCCAUUCAAAAGUCGCCCCCAAGCUUCUACUCAUGUCUCCGAUCAAUUUUCACUGCCAACAACUGCUUCAUACUGUUAGGACCCUUAUCAUGCGCCCUUAUCUGCAUUUUUGUCGACCUCAAUGCUCCCAAGACAAGCCGGAACAUGUUAGCCAUUCUGGCCUGGGUGUUCAUAUGGUGGCUCACCGAGGCCGUGCCCAUGCCCAUCACCUCCAUGACUCCUCUCUUUCUGUUUCCUCUCUUCGGGAUUUCUUCUGCCGAUGCUGUCGCUCAAUUCUACAUGGACGAUGUUAUCGCCCUCGUCCUAGGCAGCUUCAUACUUGCUCUUGCCGUCGAGCACUAUAACAUACAUAGGAGAUUGGCCCUGAAUAUAACCUUGUUGUUCUGCGGAGACCCAUUGAAUCCACCUCUGCUGCUCCUCGGGAUCUGUGCCACGACCGCAUUCGUCAGUAUGUGGAUGCACAACGUGGCAGCAGCGCUGAUUAUGAUGCCGGUGGCCAGCGGGAUCCUGCAGCGUUUCCCUGUGGGAGUCGACAAAUCGGACGCCACCGCCCGAUUCUGCAGAGCGGUGGUUUUGGGGGUGAUCUAUUCGGCAGCCAUCGGAGGGAUGAGUACGCUGACGGGUACAGGUGUCAAUCUUAUACUGGUGGGGAUGUGGAAGAGCUACUUCCCAGAGGCAAAUCCCAUUAGUUUCAACACCUGGUUCUUCUUUGCAUUCCCUUUGGCUUUGUUGAUCUUCUUCGCUUUGUGGGGGAUACUCUGCUUGCUUUAUUGUUCAAAGGGUUCUGGAAACGCUCUUUCCGCUUACUUGGACAAAGCCCAUUUGAGAAGGGAGCUUGAAUUGCUUGGCCCAAUGGCAUUUGCCGAGAAGAUGGUCCUGGCAGUAUUCUCGAUGCUCAUAGCUUUGUGGAUGACAAGAAGCAUAACAGAUGACAUUCCUGGAUGGGGUGCCCUCUUUCAGGGUCGGGCGGGUGAUGGAACAGUUAGUGUGAUGGUGGCAACGCUAUUGUUCAUAAUUCCAAAUAAAAAGCAGAAAGGAGAGAAGUUGAUGGACUGGAACAAAUGCAAGAAGCUCCCAUGGAACAUCAUAUUGCUACUAGGGGCUGGUUUUGCCAUAGCCAAUGGUGUCCGGACAAGCGGCCUGGCAGACGUGUUGUCUGCAAACUUGGAGUUCUUGGAGAAUGCCCCAUACCUCGCCAUUACUCCGGUCGUCUGUCUCAUUAGCGGGAUCAUCACCGAAUUCACAUCCAACAAUGCAACCACCACUCUCCUCGUCCCACUGCUCAUACAGUUGGCAGACACCAUGCGUGUACACCCCCUCCUCCUCAUGGUUCCAGGAGCUAUCGGUGCCCAAUUCGCCUUCUUGCUCCCGACCAGCACCCCUUCAAACAUUGUAGGAUUCACUACUGGGCACAUCGAUAUCACAGACAUGAUCAAGACAGGAUUGCCUCUUAAAAUCGCCGGAAUCGGUGCAAUCUCCCUUCUAAUGCCUACAUUAGGAGCAUAUGUAUUUGGGACAAAUGGGCAAGUACAACAGCUAUCAGGUUGGUGGAAAUGUAGCAUUUGUUGAACAAGCCACGAAGAAUUGCUUGCUGUGUCCAAAGGAUGAGCCAGCCCUUUGUCCGAGAAUUUUUCAUGAAAGAAGUAUUGCUUCCUCGCUGAAGGAUCACAGAGCAUUGACCGGAUGAUUAUCGAAUCGAAUUCGACAGAAUUCAGUUCCACCCAUGUUUUGAUAUAACAUUUUUUAUACAAAAGAAAGAAAAAAUUAUCAGUGCUGUUUAAACCAUGUAAGAUUAUAAAUAGAGUUGAUCGAAUAAUAGAAUGACAUUUGUAUAGUAUCCCAAACUUGAAACCAACAGAGGGCUGGCUCGUUGCUGUGUUAGCUGGGUGUUCCAGCAUUGACGCAGAAUCAAGUCCCGCAACCAGGACUUUGGGGAAAAAAGGGGAAAGUUAUGGGUGUAAAAAUCUUGCUUCAUUCUACCAAAAAAAAAAAAAACUUGAUAUAGUAAUUGAUCAAUGCUUGUUUUGCUACA